AUGUCGUACGACCGCUACGUUGCCAUCUGCAAACCCCUGCACUACGGGACCCUCCUGGGCAGCAGAGCUUGUGUCCGCAUGGCAGCAGCUGCCUGGGCCACUGGGUUUCUCUAUUCUCUGCUGCACACGGCCAAUACAUUUUCACUGCCCCUGUGCAAGGGCAAUGCCCUGGGCCAGUUCUUCUGUGAAAUCCCCCAGAUCCUCAAGCUCUCCUGCUCACACUCCUACCUCAGGGAACUGGGGUUGCUUGUGGUUGGUGUAUUAGUAGCAUUUGGCUGUUUUGUGUUCAUUGUGGUGUCAUAUGUGCAGAUCUUCAGGGCCGUGCUGAGGAUCCCCUCUGAGCAGGGACGGCACAAAGCCUUUUCCACCUGCCUCCCUCACCUGGCCGUGGUCUCCCUGUUCCUCAGCACUAUCAUGUUUGCCCACCUGAAGCCCCCCUCCAUUUCUUCCCCAUCCCUGGACCUGGUGGUGUCUGUUCUGUACUCAGUGGUACCUCCAGCAGUGAACCCCCUCAUCUACAGUAUGAGGAACCAGGAGCUCAAGGAUGCCCUGUGCAAACUCAUAUCCUAG